AUAUAAUGUUCGAGUUCGAAAUAAAGUGUGCGUAGAAAGAGAAUGGCGAGGUAGUUCUUUAUGUUGAUGGGAUAUUGUUUUCUUGAAUUAAAGUAAUUAAUUCUACAAUGGAAGAUAGCGUAACUGAAACGAAGAAAUAUUUGCUGAGCUCAAAACGUUACGCCAAUUGUAAAACUCGUAUUGGACCUGAGUUUCAAGCUGUGAUUCCUCAGAUGAAACGCGUAUUUGAAGAUGAAAUUCCAAACCCAAUGGGGGACAGAUUACUUUGGAAUCCAUACAGGAUUCCUGAAAAAGAGGUUGAUAAUUUUAUCAACGCUGUUCGGCCUUUCGGACACGAGGGCGUAGAUGAAGAAAAAGCACUUUAUUUGUUACACAACUGUGAUUAUAACCGUGAAGAAGCGAUGCGACGCCAGAAACUUUUACCACAUACUCCCAGACAGACUCUUUGGUCGGAAGAAGAAUCCGCGAGGUUUGAGGAUGGAUUGAACAAAUACGGCAAAGAAUUCAGUUUAGUGCAGAAAAUGGUUCGAACGCGAAGUGUUGAGGAUCUUGUAGAAUUCUACUAUCACUGGAAAAAAACUGAGCGAUAUGAUAAAUUUGUGAGUCCUGACAUGUCUGUUUUCGGAAAGUCGAAGUUCAGAAAGAAAGGAAACAGGAGGAGGGCCUAUAAAGUAAUAGAACACGCUGAAGCGAUAAUGAAUCGUUUGGAGAAAAAAGGCCUGAAUUGAAACGUUUGAAUCACUAGAAGAGAUACCAUUUUAUGUUUCUCCAAGAACACCAUUCUGAAGAACACAACUUCUGAAGAUUUGUUUAAAAUGUGCUGAACUUCACUAGUAGAGCAUGCUUACAUUGUUUUUGCUGUGUGUAUCUCUGCAAAACAUCAACAAGUGCCUCUGAACUUGAAAGUGUUUCAUUUUAUACAGUUAUGAAGUUAUAGAUUUUUAUUUUACCCUGAAAAAAAUGUUUAUAAUAUUAAACAUAGGAAUGUGAAAUGCAAAGAAAAUCAUAUUUUGAAUUUUGUUCAAUUCAUGUGUGGUAUCUCUUUUAAUUCUCCCCCCCCCCCCCCCCCCAAGCUACCUAUUCAUGGCAUCUUGCAAAUUAUACAUAACACUCAAUUAUGCUUUUCAUUUUGCCAAAUAAUUAUGCAGAUUAUAAAAGCGUUCACUGCGCUUAUUAAAUUUCACAACAAUUUUCAUGUCUCAUAAUUUUUAAUCUUCCUCUCAAUUUUUAUGUUUUAAAAUAAAAUUAUUUUGAGAUAAUAAAUAUUCCUUUAAGUAAGUGUAACCCUAUUUUCAUCUUUUGAAAUUAUUGCUAGUUUAUAUUCUUUUGAUAUGAUGUAAAUAAGUCAUUUUUUAAUUGCAGUUGCUUGCCUAGCAAAAUGCUAGACCAUAUGAGAAAUUUUAAGAUUUUAACUCUGACAAAGAUCUUGACCAGGUAGAUAAAAGAUGAGACUUCAGAAGUCAUUCCAUGCUUCAUUUUCAAGAGCAUUUUGUAAUAUCUUCUAUUCUGUUCAAUAGAUGUUCUGAUCUAUGUUCUUGAUUUAUAACUGGAUAUAAAAAAUUGCUUAUCUACUUGUCCAUCAUGAAAAUUUAUAUUUUAAAUCCAUAAAUAAAUAUUUAUGUCUUUAUUUAUGCCUAACUUAUGAUCGUUCAUUUUAUUUAUAUUUAACUUCUUUCAUUUAUUUAUUUUUAUAUUUUAAGAUUGAAAUUGUUUAGGCCAGGGGUUCUCAAGCUUUUUCUACUCCUUGCACCCUUUGAAGAAUUAGAAUGUUGCCCCGGCACCCUUGUCCAUUCGAAUUAUUAGGUUAGGUAAGUGCACUAAAUAAGGCCUUCCUAGCGACUAUAACCUAAUAUCUCUCAUAUUUAUGAGUGAACUGUCCCCAGCUCUCUUUUUUUCAUCAAAUGAUGCAUAAAAACAUGAGGAAAAAUAAAAGUAAGUGAAAUUUUUAGUUUCAGUUAUUUUGUCAGUAAUUUUGACAAAGAAAGGCGACUUGAUCUUAUCAGGAUCAUGGGUCCAUAAUAACGGCAAUUUUCACUGAAAGCCUACUUUGAACUGCAACUUAAAACGCUUUUUACUCAAAACUUGAAAAUAUCCACUUACAUCCCUUUGCUUCACACUGCCUUAUUUGAUAACCUGAAAAACAUUACCAAAAAAACCAUGUUUUUUUCAUGGAAAAGAGAAAGAUUAAUAAUUAUAUUCAGGGCACCUGCUAAUUUCCGAUUUUCUUUUUAUUUUUGAAACUCUUGCGCACAGUUCAUGCAUAUAUGUGCAGCACUGGAUCAUAUCCUCAAUCCGAUGCUCCAGUGUCACAUUAUAAGGACACCGGAGUGCGAAUAAAGCGACCCAUGGCCUUAGUGGGCUACACUCUACUUUUCUGGACUAUCAAAUUGCGAGGGAAAAUGACAGAACGACAUUUUUAUUUUCCAAUUCGUCAAAUGGAUAAAGUGGCCUUCAAGAACAAUUGUCAGCUUUUUAUGUCAUUAAACUAUUUUGAAUUACAAAGAAGUAAAACUAGCUGCAAAAUAAUAUCAGUUAAUUUUGACAUCAGACUUUGUGGUAAUUAAAAACUGUUUCUUGAUAACACUUUAUCAUCAAGCUUUUCGAUGAUGACGAAGUCUCAAUCUAGCAAAUUUUUGUUAUGCUACAGAAAAAAGUGGGGUGCCGGAUGGUCUUUCUGGACUACAUGUUCUUUUUUUGGAGCACCCAGAUAACAUGUAUAUUAAUACCGUUUAAGCUUCACGGCACUUCUCGCCUCUUCCUGCGGCACCCAGAACCCCUGUUUUAGGCAAUUUUUAGAAUGUAAAUUUAUUUGUAUUCGUUAUUGUAAAAAAUAUCUAUGCAUUAAAACAAAAAUAUCUUGGAACAGAGUAAUUUUGUCUAAUUAUUUGAAAUAAUAUUGAUAUAGCUAAAAUAAUAGGUAUAUUUUUUAUAGCUUAAUUGCACUAUUUUAAUUGGAAAAAAUUCAUUUCAUAAAACACAGUACAGGACCUUUUAUCCGGAUAUUCAGAAAACCAGUAAAAAUUUGCUAAAUCUUCUUUUCAUCAAAAAAAAAAAGCCAUUUUUUGCUCUUUAAAAGGGCCACUUUCUCGAAACAUCUGAAAAGAUAUUCUAUAUUCUGCGUAAAUCUGCACAUGAUUCAGGAAAUUUCAUGCAAAAGUGAGAAUUGUAGUUGAAAGGUAAAUUUUGAUACUAAAGCAAAAUUUCUGAAAAGUUUUUCAAACAAAACUUGCAAAAAACAUUAAAAAACAUAAAAUAAUAACGCUUAAGAAAUUAUUAGUACCAUUUUCCGCAACUUAUUUAUUCUCUGACUCUUAAUUAAAGCCCAAUAGAGUAAAAAUUAUAUGGGAAGAGCAAGAUUCCCUCCCAAAUAUUCUGUAAAUUUUUUGUUUGUAUGAAAUCUAGAGCUUAAAAAAAGAAAAACCUCUUUAAAUGACUGUAAUCCAGCUAAAAGAACUAAAAAAAGCAAAAAGGUAUUGAUAUUCAAUGUAAAAGUAACAUUCAACAGACAUCUUAAUUGCAAAAACAAAGCUUAAAAAAAUGAUCUGUUUUCCCACUAUUGCAAAGAAUCACAUAUUUUAACCGAUUACUUGCAUUUCAUUUUCCUUACGAAACAUUUAUUGACAAAAACUUUAUUUAUUUGUUUUGCGAAUGAUUUAAAUUUCAGGCAUUUAAUUGCUUUUUUCUUUUGAUACUUUUAAAUCUACUGUUCUUUACUGAUAUCUUCUGAUUUUCAAAUGCAUUACUAUUUAUUAUUGAAAUUAGAGUUCUGGUAAUAAUCUGUGAACAACUGAGAAAUUCAGAUAUCCGGAUAAUUAGUUUCUAAUGUAGUAACGGAUGAAAUGAAAUUUUUUUCACAUAUUCUAUUUCACUUUUUAAAAUGUUACAUGAUAAGGAUAACUUUUAAAAAUAAUUCAAUUGUCUAAAUAAUUAGAUGGUUAUGUAUUGGCAUAAUUCAUGUAUUGUAAGAAGUUAUAAAACGUUGCAACUGAAUGUUAAUAUUUAAAAGAUUUUUCUGUUGCUG